GCUCUACUGUAGUUAUAGUAGCGACAGACCACCGCCUCAGGAUUCAUUCUAUCAAUUCUAUCAAUUCUAUCAACUCCAACAAAACCACCACCACCAAUUGUAUGCUCUCAAUUGGACCUAAUUGUCACUUUCUCCAGAUAAAAUCAUCCCAAUAAUUCAAUCCAUCUCCCAGAAUCAAACAGAUAUCAUGGCCACGCCAACACCCUCGACCGGCACUGCGACGCCGUUGGAGCUCGACCCUGAGCAGGCGGCACAGAGCCUCAAGGUCUCGCUAGCCGACCUGUCGGCCAAGGCGACGGCCCUCUACGCCCACAACAAGUAUGAGAAGGCCGCCGAGGUCUAUUCGCACGCCGCCGAGAUGCAGGCCGAGAUGAACGGCGAGAUGAGCCCCGACAACGCCGAGAUCCUGUUCCUGUACGGCCGCGCCCUCUUCAAAGUCGGCCAGAGCAAGAGCGACGUCCUGGGCGGCAAGGCCCCUGACGCAAAGCCAAAAGCCCCCGCGAAGCCGGCCAAGAAGAACGGCGCCGCAACCGCAGACUCUAAGAACGGCGAGGGCGCAUCGUCGUCGAGCGCACACAAAGACAUGGUCGUACUAACCGCCAAGAAAGACGAGCCCAGCCCCGAUGAGAAGAAGAAGCCCCUCUUCCACUUUGAGGGCGACGAGAACUUUGAUGGCUCCGACUCGGACCAGGAAGAUGAGGAGGAGGAGGAGGAGGAAGGAGAGGACGACGUAAACGACGACCUAGCCAACGCCUUUGAGAUUUUCGACCUCGCGCGCGUGCUCCUCGAGAAGCGACUGGAGCUAGCACAAGAAGAAGCCAAGACAACACCCCAGGAGGGCACCGUCCAGGAAGAGCGCAGGGCCCAGGAAGAGCGCAAGGCCGAAGAAGAAGGCGACGCCGCAGAAGGACAACGGGGCGACGAGUCCCCAGCCGUCAGACAUAUCAAGGAACGUCUGGCCGACACGCACGCCCUGCUGGCCGAGAUUUCGCUCGAGAACGGAAAGUAUCCGAUAGCAAUUAGGGAUUCCCGGGCCUCGCUCAAAUACAAACAGGAGCUGUAUCCGGAGCAUUCCGAGAUCAUUGCUGAGGCGCACUUCAAGCUCUCUCUGGCGCUGGAGUUUGCGUCGGUGACCAAGUCCGAGGACGACGCGGGCGCCAACAACGCAGCCGGCGGCGACAACAACGUCAUGGACCAGAAGCUGCGCGACGAGGCCGUGGCCGAGAUGGAGCUGGCCAUCGCCAGUACCAAGUUGAAGCUGCAGCGACAGGAGGUGGACCUGGCGACGCUGCACAACCCCGAGGAGAACGACUCGACGCGCGAGACCAUCACGGAGGUCAAGGAGAUGAUCGCCGACAUGGAGCAGCGCCUCGUCGACCUCAAGGGACCGCCCAUCGACAUUAACGCUGCCCUGGGUCUCCCCCCUGCUUCCACCGCCGCCGAGGCCGCCCAGGAGCCCCAGGAGGUCACCGACCAGGUCAAGAAGAACGCGACAGACCUGUCGGGCCUGGUGCGGAAAAAGCGCAAGGCCGAGGACAAGCCUGCCGAGGAGCUAGAGAGCAAGAAGAUCAAGGAGGGCGAGACUGUAAACUAAAAAAAAGGCGGUAUUCUUUUUUUUCUUUCCCUCUUCCGGUCUGGCGUCAUGUUUUGUGUUUUCACGGCUUUCGUUUACAUCCUUGCAACGCCUGCUACUACUACCGCUGCUAUGCUAUGCUAUGCGGGUCUUCUAUUUUACGUAUGAGCCAGCCAUGCGGAGGGUGGGAUGGGAAAUGGGAAAUAUAUGGGAUGGGCAUGUUUGCUGUGUAAGAAAAUCUACCCAGGUUGAAAGGGGUCGGCGCUAGAUGGAGCCUCGGAAUGAAUCGGUCGGCUACUACGUACUACACGUAUCGGCGGCGGCGGCGGCGGGAGCGGGAGCGGGAGCGGGAGCGGGA